AUGACACCGGAAGUAAAAACUUUUGAAUGGGACGAGGAUUCAAUAGACCAGUACUACAGUCUUAUUCAUCCAACAUUCCCAUUGCUCCCCCAUUCCAAGCCUCGGCUGCGACAGAGGCUAGCUGCAGCCUCAAUCACCGUCAGAGAGGCGUUAUUAGAGGCAUUAUAUGCGGCUGUCCGUUCGAACCCGUCAUACCCUCCCCAAGCCGGCUCACCGUCGGCGAAUCCCAGGCGAGCAUGCGAGCUAUGUGUGGCUUCACAGUUCGAGAGCCAAGAUCCCCGGGCCUCCGUAUCAAGUAACCUAUUGUUCCUGCAGACUCUGAUCUUAAUGGCUCUUGAAGCCGACAACCAUGGCCCUGCCACGAUGCGGGGACAACACGGUGGACCGCCUAGAGCGGCGUGGGUCGGCAGUGCUGUUGGCCUGGCUUACUCAUUGAAGUUGCACCACAAUCGGGUAGGAGAGAGGUUCGCACAUGGCGACCCAGAUUCGGACGAAAAGCUUGGACGAAGGGCAUGGUGGGUUCUGGUCGUAUUGGAUCGCUGGCACGCCAUCAGUACUUCGAGUCCACUCUUCAUACCUGACUCGAACGUUGUGUUAUUGCCAGAAGACCAAAUGCUGAUCGGCUUAACGCCGUUCCAUCUCGUCCGCCUAUCGUGUAUUCUUGGCCAUCUGGCGGAAGCAUUCACAACUGCUGAUGAGAUUGUUUCGGCGGCUUCACUGAACCCCUACAUCUGUCGACUCCUACGCGGUGAAUUGGAACGGUUCCGGGAGAGCGUCGAGGUUGUCUGGGGCUCGCUGUCCCUGCUACACGUGGCAUACUACCACGUUAAGCUGUUGACAUUGCGCCACAAUUCGUCGUCGGAACCUCGCCAACUACUCGAGCCCGCGCUACGGAUGGCGACAAUGCUUGACCAUUCGUCGAUGCCGAUCACGCCGCUCAACCACCAUUUUGCGGCACUAGCACUGAUCACCCUAGUCGACCUUGCCGAGAUCGAUGAGACGCGGGAGGCGGCAUGGAGGGGCAUCCAGCAGCUGGAUGAGGCGCUGAAGAAGCGGAGAGGAUUGGCUACCCGGGAGGAUAGUGUUGGAUGGGAUCGUGCCAUCAAGGACCUCAUUCACACACGGGUGGAGAGCAGAUACACGAACCUUGGGCCCGGGACGCCACACGGUACAGGGAGCCUGCAACACUUGGCUGAGCUCGCAAUCGGAGAUCAGAGUCCGGCUGGAUACAACAGUGGAUACGCACAUAGGAAGCACAGGUUGGACGCAGGGAAGCUGCAGAAGUAUGGGUAUCUUGGGAGUAUCCUGUUGUAA